ACCACUGACCUCCUCUGACUAAAAGCUGAGAUCAGCCUGGAGAGGAAUGUAGGUUGUCACCAGAGCUAUUUUGGCUAUGUACAGCCGCUAAUGAUUGUGAUCACAGAGCAGAGCUCGGAGCAGUUGCUUUGCUUUCCUUUUUUCCUACCAGCAAGUUUGAUCAUGCAGCUCUCACCGGCACUGCAGGGAUUAGAGAGUUAAACGAAUGGCAAGUCGGCUGCGCUUGCAUUUCGCGUCAAGGAGAAGCAACACUGACCCUCUGUCAGAAAGCCUCAGCAGCCAUGGUGAGGAGAGUGGAGUCAGUGUGCCAGCUCGUAGCCCCGCAGAGAUUCUGGCGCACAGUUCUGUCCACUUGAAGGUGACUCCUCUGUCACCAGACUAUGCUAAUUUACAGCGGUACUCUUCAGUAUUCAUACCCAGGGUUAACACUGGAAGGGGUAAUAAGAAGAGCAUUCUGCAGAUCUUGCUGCAGCCCUGUGGAAAGCUCAGUGGAGAGCUGGAUGGCAGUAUAGAGGAUGGAGACCCGGGGGGCAGUGAAGGAGGAGCAGGUAGUGGCUCUGACGGAGGCUCGUGCAGCAGCAGCAUGGCCAGCGAUGCUGGGUACUGUAGCAGCAACAGCAUCUUUGAGCCAGAGGCUUCAGAAAAGCACAGGACCACCCAGGAGAGGAGUCUACUCUGCCGCAAGUCCAAGGUCCCGCUGAGACGGUGCUCCUCCUUGGUUAUAUUUUCAAAGAGCCCCUGCAGCACCCCACCUGCUUCCCCAGUCAGUCCAGUGGCUCUCUCACCAGCGAAGGGGUCUCAUCAGUCGUCUCUUCAGACAUCUGCCACUGAAUUCUCACAAGAUGAUGAGGAAGUGACUUGCAAAGGGUCCACCACCACGGCAGUAUGUGGCCAUCGUCUCCCAAAAGGAAGCUGUUCAGCCGAGUUCAGGGACACCAAACACAUGGUGCAAUUUAAUAUUCCUUUACAGGAUGAACCAAAAUGCAAAAUGGAGGACAGGAGUAAAGUAAUGGAACUGUCAUCAACUCUAGACAGAUCGAAUCGUCACUCUAGCAGCGUGCUGCUGCACUUUGCCCACCAGAGACCAAUGAUACCCGGGAAGGGAGCUGCAACAACGGCUACAGUCAAUGUGGGACAUCCUGAGGCUCCUAACCCGGCCGCACACUCUGAGGGUGAACAUGACCCUCGCAAAAAACUGUAUCGUAGUACCUCUGCUUGUUUGUUCUCCUCAACUAAACCAUUAGAGAAAAACCAAAAGGUCUGUUCAUCAGGAAAAGGCCAGGAAAGGCCUGAGGAAAACCAUUGUCAUCGCGCAAUCCAAAGGAGUUUUUCCCUGGAGGUGCCCUACCCUAACACUGGAAUUUCAUGUCACGUUUCAAAUCCAAAAUUCAGUAGCCCUUGCUCUCCACAUGUGCACAUUCAUUUGUCUCCUUGUUGCCCAGCUAAAUUGCCUAGCUCUGUUACUGAUGUAAACACAAGCCUCAAAGGGAAUAAUACGCCAAAGAGCCCAGGUCAAAACACCAAGACACGUGAUGACUUUUUGGGACAGGUGGACGUCCCCUUAAAUCAGAUACCGACAGAAAAUCCUAAUACAGAAAGGCCAUACACAUUCAAGGAUUUUCUGCUUCACCCACGAAGCCACAAGUCCAGAGUCAAAGGUCACCUGCGUCUCAAAAUGACCUACCUGCCCAAAAACUCAGGUUCAGAGGAGGAAACAGCAGAUCAGACUGAGGACACAGAUCCUGGUUGGGAGUUUCUGGAGGCUCAGGACAUGUCAGGUCCCAGACAAAGCCAGCUGCUGCCAGCUCUGCCCCCUGGCUGGGAGGAGCGGCAGGACAACCUGGGAAGAACCUACUUUGUCAAUCAUGAGAGCAGAACCACACAGUGGCAACGACCCACAAUGCAGGACAGUGGUGUGGAGAUGCAAAGAACACAGAACAAUAAUAUGGAUGUGGAGCAUGCUUUCAAUACACGCAGACAGAUCUCAGACCACGACGAAAACAGCACACGAGAAUCUCCUGAGAGCUGGGAGAUCAUUACAGAGGACGAGUCCACCUUGUACCACAGCGGUAACCAGCAGCUCGGAUCACCUCCCCCCUGCAUGCCUGUGCCGGAGUUCCACUCGGUCAGCGACGAGCUGAGAAACAUUCAUCUUUCAGGGGCCACAGCUGGCGAGCUGCGCACCUCUCAGACAGAUCACACUAGUAAUUCAAGCCAUUCCAGUCUUAGAGGAAGUGCCCGGACUUCAACGGGAGAGGAACAUCCUGUUAAUCCUGUGCUGCUUCCAACCUCAGCUGGGCUGCCUGCAGGCUGGGAGGAGAAGCGAGACAGUAAAGGAAGACGCUACUAUGUCAACCACAACAGCCGAACCACUUCGUGGACACGACCCCUUGUUCAGAAAACCUCAGAAGCAGCAGCAGCACCGAGUGGUUCAGGUUUACCCCAGAGCCCCCCUCCGUCCCAACCGCCUGUCCCCCCUGAGGAGUCUCCUCAGCACACCCCAAGCCCCGAGGCCACAUAUGAAUCUGGCUUCCUGCCGGCUGGUUGGGAGGUUCGCAGUGCUCCCAGUGGAAGACCCUUUUUCAUCGACCACAACACAAAGACUACUACCUGGGAAGAUCCCAGGCUAAAGAUUCCUGUGCACAUGAGGAGGAGAGCCUCACUUGACCCAUCUGAUCUCGGCCCUCUGCCACCUGGUUGGGAAGAGAGGGUCCACACUGAUGGGAGGAUAUUCUACAUAGAUCACAACACCAGGACCACACAAUGGGAUGAUCCCAGAUUACAGAACUCAGCUAUAACUGGACCAGCAGUGCCUUAUUCCAGAGAUUAUAAACAGAAGUAUGACUACUUCCGGAAGAAGCUGAAGAAACCGGCUGACAUCCCAAACCGUUUUGAGAUGAAGCUGAGACGAAAUGCAAUGCUGGAGGACUCAUACAGACGCAUCCUCUCAGUUAAGAGGGCAGACCUGCUGAAGGCACGACUGUGGGUGGAGUUUGAGGGAGAAAAGGGACUGGACUAUGGUGGCGUGGCCAGGGAAUGGUUCUUCCUCAUGUCCAAGGAGAUGUUCAACCCGUACUACGGACUGUUCGAGUAUUCUGCCACGGACAACUACACGCUGCAGAUUAACCCCAACUCGGGUUUAUGUAAUGAGGACCACCUGACCUACUUCAAGUUCAUCGGCCGCGUGGCGGGCAUGGCUGUGUAUCAUGGCAAACUGCUCGAUGCUUUCUUCAUCCGGCCUUUCUACAAGAUGAUGCUGCAGAAGCCGAUCACUCUCCAGGAUAUGGAGUCUGUUGACAGUGAAUAUUUCAACUCAUUGAUGUGGAUUUUGAAGAACGACCCAACGGACUUGGAUUUGAGGUUCACCAUUGACGAAGAGCUGUUUGGACAGACUCACCAGCAUGAACUCAAGCCAGGCGGCACCGAGAUUGUGGUCACUAAUGACAACAAGAAGGAAUACAUCCAUCUGGUGAUGCAGUGGAGGUUUGUGAACAGGAUACAAAAGCAGAUGACUGCCUUUAAAGAGGGAUUCUUUGAGUUGAUACCACAAGAUCUGAUCAAGAUCUUUGAUGAGAAUGAGCUCGAGCUGCUCAUGUGUGGUCUUGGAGAUGUGGAUGUGAAUGACUGGAGAGAGAACACCAAGUACAAGAACAGUUACUGCUCCAACCACGUCGUUAUCCAGUGGUUUUGGAAAACGGUGCUGUUGAUGGAUGCAGAAAAGCGAAUCCGGCUCUUACAGUUUGUGACGGGAACAUCAAGGGUCCCAAUGAAUGGCUUUGCUGAACUCUAUGGGUCUAACGGGCCACAGCUGUUCACCAUCGAGCAAUGGGGAACACGUGAUAAACUUCCCCGAGCCCACACAUGCUUCAACCGACUGGACCUUCCUCCUUAUGAGUCUUUUGAGGAGCUGAGGGAGAAACUUCAUAUCGCCAUCGAGAAUGCACAAGGCUUCGACGGGGUGGAUUAGUGCUGCUGCUGUAAAUGAGCUGAACUGACAUUACUGCCAUCAGAGUAAAGCCAGGCAUGAGAGACACAAGCUGUGUGUCAGACUCGGGUCUUAACCUGCCAGCUGUGUGACAGAUGAAGGACAGUCACACAACCUUCACUUUGAUCCUCUGUUGAGGCGCACGCAGAGAAAGGACAUUAAAUCUUGAGUGACGGAGGUAUUUAAUCGCUCCGCGUGUUCUAAAGUUUACAAAUCAGGUUUUCUUAUUAUUGGAUUCUUUACUGUAAGUCGCUCAAAGGUGUAUUCACUCUUAUUUGUUCUGCUAGAAUGCUUAAAUAUUUAAAGAACUUGAUUCUGUGAAAUGACAAUGUUACAGAGAUUAAUGUGAAUGCAAAGCUAUAUAAUGUAUAACAAAAGAAUCUAACUAAACAUUAGUUUCAUUUGGGAUGAAUUGCCUCAGAAAAACGUUAUGCUCCGAUUCUCACAUCAGGUACUUGUGAGAUUUUUGUCUUCACAUUGUAGUUGGUGGGAAAUUAGUGUAGUUAUGUUGCUCCUCUUUGGACAUCCCUUAAAGGUCCAAUGUGUAACAUUUAGGAGGAGGUCUUGGCAGAAAUGGAAUAUAAUAUUUAUAAGUAUGUUUUCAUUAGUGUAUAAUCACCUGAAAAUAAGAAUCGUUGUGUUUUCAUUACUUUAGAAUAAGCUGUUUUAUCUACAGAGGGAGCGGGUCCCCUUCCACAGAGGCCGCCAUGUUGCACCACCAUGUUUCUACAGUAGCCCAGAACGGACAAACCGAACGCUGGCUCUAGAGAGGGCCGUUAGCGUUUUUCGCGAGAUUCGUGGCCACUGUAGAUUCUCCUACACACUUGGAAGGGGAGGGUGAGGCGAGCGAUAUUCAAAUGGUUGCAAACUGCAAUUUCACCGCUAGAUGUCACUAAAUCCUACACACUGGACUUUUAACUUGUCCCUUCAACACAUGUUCAUGCUUGAAAGAGUGGACCAUAGGAUAGCAUCAACUCUUGACAUUUGAAUGGGAAAAAAAUAGAAAUCAACCCAUGUCUCCUGUCUAAUACCAUUUACCGCCAAAGUAAGUCCAAAAAACAUGACAUUGGCCAAACUGGAACAACAUUACAGGAAAAUUGUCAUCCAGAUGUUUUAAAAUUAAAAGAUGAAGGCAACAAUGUGUAAGAAGUUUAUUCCAGAUGUAUAUGAAGUUUUAAAUGGCAAAACCUGAAUGAUAAAUUGGCAUUCAACCUAAAUAAAACAGAUGUGAAGAUAAUUUCUCUCCAUUUUUCCUAUCAUUUAAAUUCUCUACAUAAUUAUACAUUUUUCAUUCCAUCAUACUGGAUACACUGAUGCAAAUCCCACAUAUAUGCACUACAGAAGCAUUUGUAGCAGGAAAUCUGCAAGUUAUACACAAGUUUGAGCGACUAAACUUAAAGCAAGUGUAAUACCAGGACCAGUAACAGGCUAAACUAAUUAUACUGUAGUUUGUAUCUGUGUAGGCCACAGAUCCAAAGAAGUGACUACAUGCAGUGUUAGAUUGUGCUGAAAUACUAUGCAUAAUUGUACAUAUUGACAUGAGAUAAUUGAAUAUCACUUGGCUUUUGAGUUUUUCAGUUAUUACAUAAAUAUACUGUACAAACAGAUAUAACUUUGCCUUCUACAAAAUGAUGAAGCACUUAUUAAGACUGUUAAAAGUCACUCAAAUGGUCAAAUAAUGGUUAUUGGUGCACCUCUAAAUUACACAUCCUCACACUCAAGUUCAACACUGACUCUUGUAAAUGUAUAUACACAUUAUAUCUCCUGGCCAGUAGCUUAAAGAAACAUUAUCCGACACACUGACCUUAUCAUACACUUUGCAUACAGUAUGUUAAAUACUAUGUUUUGUUGCCUAUUGUCAAUGAGUGAUAUCAUUUUGUUUUCUUCUACUCAUCAUGGGUGUUUAAUUGCAGCACAGUGCUCUAUUUUUAAGAGUACAACUUUAAAAAUUGUUUUGUUGGUUGUCAAAAUGUGUACAGAUUAUUGUCUGUUUUCAAAAAUGUGUAAUCACUUGUAAUACCUUUGUAGGAAAGUAACUGGACUUAAGCAGUAGUUUUAACAUUUUCUGAAUGGUAAAACAUGUGUUUACACUACCUGCCAUGUUUACAGGUCGUUGAUAAAGGAAGAUAUCGUGGGCUGGUUCUUGUCUCUGACAACACAAUUUUAUACUUAUGCUUUUAUAAAGUGAAGCACUUUGUUAAUAUCGAUGAGUCUUACUUCUGAACUGUUUGAAUCUUGGCCAAUCUGUCACCUGCAGAUCGCUUAAAUCGCUCUUUAAGGAAAUGAUCCUAUGCUUCAAGUGCACAUGUGUAUAAAUGUUUACAUGUGAACAUUGCUGAAAAUAAGCACAUUCUCUUCUUUCACUUGUGUUUAAGAUUAAAUACACAGGCCUUCAUUUGUAAUGUAGAAUUUGAUUGUUUAUUGAUGUUUUAAUCUCUAAAUGGAAGUACUGUUAUACAUGUAUUGUUGUCUACUGAAGAAUAAUGAAUAGAUCAACACUUAAUUUCUGAUAUAUCAAAUUUUGUUAUUAUAGAAUUUAAUUGUAACACCUAUAAGUGCAUUACAACAACCACAUGCAUGCAACACAUACAACAGUUUAAAGGGUGGGAUGAACUGUAGCUGUUAAAUCCCAAUUAAUUACCAAAUUAAAUAUAAAUAUAUUUGAAAAAUAAAGAAGUAUAAAAACAA